AGAUUGCAAUUGCUAUGUUUUGCUGUCAUAGUUUUGAGAUAAACGCCAAGAAAAUCUGGAAUCCAAUGCAGGAAGGCUACGCAAUCGAAGAUUAUUGUAUAUUGGAUUGAAAUCAGAUUGAUCAUUGUGUUGAAUUGAUUUGAAAAAGGAUAUAAUUUUCUAUUGUAGUUGUAUCAAAGGACAUUGGUAAGGUUGUGUGAGUUGGGCAAAAAAAAGUUUAAAAUGCAAGCUCCUGAAGUUUCCACGUCUACCCAACAGCAAUCUGCAAGUGGGGAGAAAACUUCCAGUUCAGGGGACCAAAAUGAAGCAGUCAAUACAUAUAUAAAUGAGAGUGAUGAUGAUUUACGAAGAGUACCAGAGAUGGGAUUUAUCCCAGGGCAGACUGUGAAUUCAGUUGCAGUCAAGGUAGAGAACCAGCAGCAGCAAUCUACUAGUGGUGGGGGCCAAAGAAAGCGAGUCAGAACACCCGCUGACAAAGAACACAAACGUCUUAAAAGAUUACUAAGGAAUAGGGUAUCUGCACAACAAGCAAGGGAAAGAAAGAAAGCUUAUGUGGGUGAGCUAGAAACAAAGGCAAAAGAGCUUGAAGAUAGAAACAAUGAGUUGGAAGAAAGAGUCUCAACUCUACAAAAUGAAAAUUUUAUGCUUAGACAGAUUUUGAAGAACAGCACUAUGAAAAGCAAAGGAAGCGGGGUUGUUGAUCCUUGAAGGAUUGAGCAUUAAGUAGAUAGGUUCAUUGACCUCUCUUAUAUUCUCCAUUGCCACCUUCCUUUCACUUUGGGUAUUGGAAUCUCUCUAAUAAUAUUAAUUUGUAUACAUCUCUCAUUGUAUGAAAUUGUUAAUCUGCCUUAUAUUAAAAAUACAUUGUCUCUCAAAUGUUGCAAGCUUAUAAAAUCAGCCAAAAAGUCUUGAGAUGUUUCCACAAUAA